AUGGCCAGCGGACAUAGCUAUACAGAACCAGUGGUCGAUCCGUCGCUAGGCCCGUAUUACAACCAGUCGAACAAUGGGACGCCGCACCAUGGACACCAUCUACACCAACCCGACGUCGACGACGAUUUCGAUCUAAGAGCCGAGUUGGCCAAGUCCCUCGGUCUGAAUCAUACAAGCCACGAAUUGGCAGAUACAUCGCAUCAACAGUCACCGCAACCCCACGAUGGCCCACGACAACAUGAUGAGACUCGGCAACAGCAUGCUCGACCACCCUCAGUACCAUCUCAGCCGCAACAUACCUCGCCGUCGCAACGUGCCGUCAUCCCCGACUCCUUUGCCGAGCACCCGCAGAGUCCCCCGCCAGGUCAACCUGCCACCGACAACAACCGGGACAAGCGAAGCAAAGUCAGCCGGGCAUGCGACGAAUGCCGGCGCAAGAAAAUACGGUGCGACGCCCUGAAUGAACAUGAGAUAUGCACCAACUGCAAGCGCUCCAACUCGGCGUGUGCUUUCAGCCGACAGCCUCUGAAGCGUGGACCUAGCAAGGGUUACAUAAAAGAGCUCGCCGAGCGAUUGAAUGCGCUCGAGGGGCAGAUGCAGCCACAACAACACGGCCAUGUAGACCAAGAACUCCAGUCGUUGCUUGCAGAAGCGGCAUAUGUCACACGAGAGCAUGCUUCACCGCCCCGUCACGCCGGUCACAAGCGAAGGCACUCGCAGACUGAGCCCAUUGUCAUUGAUUCUCCACCUGUCCUUGCCCCACGGCUUACUCCAGCACCACCACCUGCGCAACCUCCCCAGGGAUAUCGCCAGGAAAUGAGACCAACUCCACAGCCGCAGCCAAUCAACACACAACCAUUCUUCAAGUACGGUGGAGACACACGUCGCCGCGAGAGUGUCAGCAUACCCUUUGACACACAAGCAGGCGUGCCAGUGCUGGUUGAAUGGGAUGAGGAGGUUGUCGAUGAGUACUAUCGCACAAUACACCAGACCUUUCCGCUACUGCCACACUCGAAACAUCGUCUUCGUACGCGUCUAGCCGAGUGCCCUGUAACGCUACGAGAAGCUUUCUUGACUGUCUUGGAAUGUACAAUGCGUACUUUCCCGUCGUUUUCUUCGAAUCUCCGUCCGCAGCAUACAUACGCACCCAUGAUGAAACGUGCUGCCGAGUUACUUGCGGGCUACCCAUUUGAGAAUCCGGCCACGCAUAAUAGCGGGACUAACCUAGUCUACUUACAAACUCUCUUGUUGAUGGCCCUGGAAUCUGACAAUCACGGCCCGGCGACGGUGAGAGGCCAAGCUGGACCCUCACGAGCAGAGUGGCUAGGGAGAGCUGCAGGUGUUGCCGGUCAACUGGAGAUCAACCUCGUGCGACCACGCGAACGCUUCGCAACUGAAGGCGACCCAGACUCUGAGGAAAGACUGGCAAGGCGAGUCUGGUGGGUUCUGUUUAUUCUCGACCGCUGGCACGCAUCCAGUACCUCGGACCUGCUCAAGCUCCCCGAAAACAGCGUUGUCCUACUACCAGAAGACCAAAUCCUGCUCGGCGAAUCCACCUACCAUCUAGCACGUCUCUCCUUCAUCAUAGGCCACUUGGCCGCCAUCCUCACAACAACAAAAACACCAGAAACCAACGUCAUGGCUCCAUCAAAUCCAGCCUCAUCACUCCUAGGUCUUACUCUAGCAGGCGAAAUCGACCGCUUCCGCGAAUCGGUAGAAAGCGUCUGGGGCUCACUGAACCUAGUCCAUCUAUCUUAUCACCACUGUCAUCUCCUCAUCAAACGCCUCAAUCCCACCACCGAACCUACCGAGUUGAUCGGUCAUGCCGUCAAAGUUGCCACUGUGCUGAAUCAACGUCAAACACCCAUCACUCCACUGAACCAUCACUUCGCAGCCCUGGCGGCAAUGACACUCUGCGAACUCGUCGACAUCGAAAAAACGCGCUCCGAGGCUAUCAGAGGACUCGAGCAAAUCUCCGAAGCUUUAGGAUUCGGUCGCGGUCUCGCCGGGCACGAGAAAUCCACCGGUUGGGAUUCGGCGAUUAGAGAUCUGAUCGUGCAGAAGAGGAAUAAGUUGCAACUUAUUUUAGGUGGGAUCGAGCAAUUGCCCAGAGGGUUGCAGCAUUUGGCUCAUGCCAGUGCGGGUGAGGGGAAUGGGACUUUGACGCCUAGUUCUGCGCAAGGGAAUGUUGCUGCUACUAGUGUUGCUGGGGAGAAUGGAAGGCCGGGCAAGUUUGAUCCUACUAUGCUUACUAGGUAUGGCUAUCUUACUGCUCUGGGGCAGGGGAUGUUUGUCUCAAAGUAA